GAGACUUUUAUCGAGGAGACUGGUACACACUGUCAGCUGGAUUCAAAGUUCUUGACACCUAAACGCCCUCAACCAUUGCAGAACACCGUUUAGUGAGUUUAUUGCGAUAUUUCCAUCCCAUUCAAAGAUGUCUGAGUUAUUCCAAAAAGCUGCGACUGAAGUCAAAAACUUGGMUACCAAACCCAGCGAUGCCGAUAUGCUAGAAAUCUAUGCUCUUUAUAAGCAAGUAACUGUAGGGGACUGUAAUACAGAACGUCCUGGAAUGAUAGACUUUACUGGCAAAGCCAAAUGGGAUGCAUGGAAUGCCAAGAAAGGAUUGGCCAAGGAAGAAGCUGAAAAACUGUAUAUAGAAAAAGUUGAGGAGUUAAAGAAAGCCCAUGGAAUGAAAUAACAAAACCAUGAACUUCAACCUAACUUUAUUUCAUUUUUAAGACAUUGCAUUAAACUUGUUUUAAUAAUUCAUUUGAAUUUUAGUACUGUUAUUUUGGAUGCAAAAGCUAAAGGUCCAAAUAAGAAUGGCAGAGUUGGGUACCUACACCUUGUAAAUGUUGCUCAUACAGACCUGAAUUCACAUGAAACAAUUGCACCAAGUCAACUUAAGUUGACCUUGAUAAAAUCCAUGUAUGAACCAGGGGCAGAGGGUGGUGUCCCAAAUAAAAUAAAUGUACUUAGAGAUAAAA